UCUAUCCGCGCCUUGCAUUUUGAUGUCGAUUGUGGAGAGCUGCUGGCUGGGGACCAUACAGCCGGAGCUGUGCUGCACAUCCCCAGAAGGUCGCGCCUUGUGUUUCCCAGCUGACCAGGACUUUACCUUCUCAGCUUGCUGUGCUGACUAUUUGAAGAGCCUGGAACCAGAGGUGCAGGGGACCAUUACAUGUGAAAGCUCAGGUCCAACAUGCAGUUGGAUCUUUCGAAACGCGCAGAUCUUGGAUACCUCAAACAUGGCGGCGGUGCAUCAAUUUUGCUGGGCAGGAUUAAAUCGUGCUGGUGUUUAUGCAGAGAUGAUGCACACCCCUGCCUUUGACCGAAGACUUGCUCAUCUCUCAUGUUUCCCAGGAAUGGCAUUCUUGCUCUCCAUGUGUGCAAUUGCAGAAUCCUCAAGUUCAUGUGAAUCCACUGGAUCAGCCCCAAAAACCUCCAUGCAUUCAAUGCAUUCCGAAGAUCCUGCAUUAAGUUUCUUUAUGGUGGCCUUCAAGGCUUUGGCAAUGGUGAGCCAUUGUAUUGACGCAAGUGAUUGGCCCCUGACGGUGGCGGAGUUCUCCGCAAACUUUCAACUCUUUGUAGAGCACGGGCACAGCUGCGGAUUUCAGUGGAUGCAGCCACGACGUGGAUUGCCUUAUGUCAGUGGAGUUUCUGGACAGACUCUGCAUGAUGAGGUGCCAUCACAUCGAGGCAUUCAGAACCACGCGGAAGUGCAUAUGCGCAUCAAUUGGGCCAUGGGAGCCUGGGAUAACCGAAUGUAUUGGGAGGAGAAGAUGAGAAGAAAACCGGAGCAGCUUCUCAACAUGAAGCACAAAGAUCCGCAAGAGUUAUGUAGCCUCAUGACCAUGACGACUGGUCCUGAGCUUCGGGUCCUGAUUUUGGGCACUGGACCGGUAGCAGCCCAACCCCACUUUCAAUGCCCCCACGGUGGCAGCAUCUCAACGACCUCCUGCGACGCCUUUAGCCGCUUGUACCGGGAACUGGCAAAAGAGAGUCAAUUUCGACCGCCUUAUGGAUUUCCAGAGUAUUGUGAUGUCGAAGAGCUUUGGCAAUUUUUUCCAAAAAACUAUUUCCACGUGGUCUUUGUCAGCAAUGCAUUGGACCACACUGUUCAUCCCAUACGUGGCCUAAAGUUGCUGCUAUGGGUACUUCAUCCAGAUGGAAAGCUGCUGCUUCGUCAUUUCAGGAAUGUACAUCCAGAACGAUGGAUGUCGUUGUCUGAUGGGCAGCAUCAGUGGGGCUUCGAUGUAGACCUGGGCCCGAGUGGCGAGCAAAGCUUCUUUAUUUGGAACCAUUUACAUCGCUGGAAUGUCACUCAAGUCCUGGAAGAAGAUGGUGCCACAACCACCUCAGCUUUCUUGAAGCCCUUUGAGCCUCAGCACCAAUUCGUUGGAUCGUUGGAGCAUGGACUCCACAGAAAUGGCUAGCCAAAUGUGUCUCUGAGAUGCGUCUUGCAUGGUCUUGGAUGGUCUUGGUAUGUCUGAUUUUGUCUUCGUGUUCUGGCGUAAGAUGCUGUGAGGUUGGCUGCCGUUCCUAUCGGAAUGUGGGACUGGGUGACUCUUUGUGUUUCCUGUGACAUUUCUGUUGUUAAAAAUAUUAAAAUGUUUGGCGGAAAUUCGUGCUUUCCAG